AUGGAUUCUCAACUUCCGAAUAGAGAGCGAGCGGUAUCUAGCGAUAGAGCCGAGGCUGCGCCCGUCCCGCAGAGACCGGGGCUCCCCAACCGCACCAUCUCCGCUCCCGCUGGGGGCCUAUAUAAGCUCGAUUCGGCCAGAAUGGCCAUGGGCUCGGUCAAAACAGAGCGGACGUUGGUGGAGGAAGAUGAAUCAUCGCCCUCGGUGGGAGGAAACAGGAUCUCAUCCGCUCUCCCGGGUGAAGAACCCGCCCCGAAACCGAAUUUCCCACACGUGAGCAUCGCCGUGGUUGGCCCAGACCAUGUGGGUAAAUCAACUUUCAUUGAGAGCGCACUAGAUAUGAAACACUCGCUCUCAUCCCGGGCAACGACAAAGAAGAUGUCUCUCGAUGGGACGGUCUACCUCGUUCGGUUACUGGAGAUUGAUACACUGGAGAUCUCGAUUGGAGGCAAUGGUGAGAUCCAAUGGCCAAAGUUAGGAGGCGAUUCACCUCCUUCUGUGGAUGGUGUGCUUGUCCUCCACGAUGUAACACAGCCCGGGAGCCUUUCCGACAUCAAAGGAUUGCUAGCCUCUCUGGACGCCUCGUCCAUACCUUUUCGACUCGUCGCAAGUAAAUGCGACAUUCAACCGCCCCAUGGUCUACUUGAGCCAGUCUUAGAUGGCUAUGAAAUCAUCCGCACCUCCCCAGAUUCGCCACGGUCGCAGAAAAUGUGCAUCGCUCUGGUUUUGCGAUCAGUCAUUAGCGACAGGAAUGCUGAAGAGCACUCUUCCGACAAGACCGUCACACCGGGCUGGCGUCAUAGUCGUGCCAACUCAGAAAACCCCACAGCCGUGUUCUCGGGAGCCGCAGGCGGCCCAAUUACAACAGGAGCUCUGGACUCGGGGAUCGAUGGGUACGGUGUAGAUCGUCAACUGACUGACUCAACCGCCUCUAGUGGUCAGGGCCCGCGCUAUGCCCGAAGCAAUUCUCAACCUCUCCGACCUCACACACCUCCCUCCGGACGACUGAAUCAGCGCAAGCAAUCCAUCCCGGGAGAGUCAUCCCCCGGCAAGGACUUCAACCGACAACAUCGACUUCAUGCAGCCUGGCGCAACAGUGGCGGAUCGGACGCUUUCAGUAGCUUCAUCGAAAUGGGGGAAGAGAUGGACGGGCCCCGAAGCAUUCCUUCGAGUCCUGGAAGCAAAGACAAGACGCCGAGUGAGAGCUCUUCCAACGAGAAUGGCUUCACUUUCGAGGAGUUGGUAGACCGGCUGGUCGCUCAGCCUAUGUCGAAGCAUGACUCCAAGUUUGCAUCCAUCUUCCUGUGCUUGUACCGCAAAUUUGCCGCCCCCUCCUCCUUAUUGACCGCCUUGAUUAACCGGUUUGAGCGAAACGAGCGAGAGAUAUCGGACCAGCUUACGCGCAUUGCCGACCAGUUGAGGCUGCUAACCGUCAUGGCUCAGUGGGUAUCGGAGUACCCGGGGGACCUAGCUUAUCCGAAAACGCAGAAACGGAUUGCCGAGUUUGUUUCCAACCUCGAGAAAAGCCAUUUCUACAUGUUUGCUGCCAAGGAAAUUGGGUCUUAUCUUGAGGCCAAUGCGGAAGAUGACAACAUCGGAUGGCCGUUCAGAGAUGGCGAGGUGGAGGAGGUCGAAGCAACGGAGCCCGCUUUUCAGUAUUCGGGUCGAAGCUCCCCGUCGAUCUUCCUUGGUCCCCCUCCGCUGAGCGAUGAGGGUGACGAAGAGGAAGAGGAUCCUAUAUACAGUAUGAGUGCGUUGGACCUCAGCGAGGGCGCACUUGAGUCUGGGUCGAGGUUGUCCGCGUCCAUGACGAAUUCUUUCACCGCCGAAAAGCCCGGGACUGUGGCAACCCAGUCGUUCACGGCCCUCAACAUCGACUCGGCCCAGAAGGAGGCUCGGCAUUUGGAUCUGACACCCCGCGUGCCGUUGACGAAGGUGCAAUGGCGACAAUUCAUGGAAAUUCCGGAUGAAGACUUCGCUCGGGAACUGACGCGCAUUGACUGGAUCAUGUUCAACUCCUUCCGACCACGAGACCUCGUCCGUCAUGUCAGCAUCACCGGAGCCGACAAAGACAAAAUCCACAGUCUUAAGAACGUCAAUCGAAUGAUCAAACAGUUCAACCACGUGGCAUGCUUUGUUGCGAGCGUCAUUCUCCUACGAGACAAGCCUAAACACCGGGCCAAGGCGCUGGAGAAGUUCAUGAACAUCGCAUUUAAACUCCGGCGACUGAAUAAUUACAACUCCCUCGGGGCUCUCAUUGCCGGGAUCAAUGGAACCCCGGUGCACCGACUCUCGCAGACUCGGGAGUUGGUGCCGACGCAAACGCAAAAAGACUUCAUGAGGCUGGUCAUCCUCAUGGGAACACAGAAGAGCCACUUCGCGUACCGCCUGGCAUGGGACAACUCAUUCGCAGAGCGAAUUCCGUUCCUGCCGCUGCACCGACGCGACCUGGUUUCGGCGGAGGAAGGAAACAGGACCUUUGUGGGUGACACGAAGACCCGAAUUAAUUGGCGCAAGUUUGAGGUGAUGGGCGAAGUGGUGCUGGGGAUCCAACGAAGCCAGAAGACACCAUAUCCACACCUGGCGCGAUACGACGAAGUGACGCGGCUGAUUCUGGACAUCAAGCUGUCUGGUGAUGACGAGGAUUUGUAUACACGCAGUAUGCAGGUAGAGCCCUCCGCUGGCGGUGACACAGGACGGAAGAAGUUUGGCUGGUUGCGGUCCUGA